AUGGCGGUUACCACCAAGUCAAACUCAACGGGUGAAAAAGCGGCUCAAAGGGCUGUCCAGAAUAAGGGGAUCGGCGUAGGGGAGAAGGGAAUUUCCUCCUCCUCGACCAAAGUGAACUGCGAUGUGCAAGAGACACGGCUUCAGAGCGGCGAACCACCGGUAGAGGAACGUCGGGAUAGAUUAGUAGACAAAUUCAUGUAUUUGAUGGAGAUUAAAGGAGCGGUUGGUCGGGUCUGGGACAUGCAGUUGAUACUUGACAGUGGCCUGGAAAAGGUCGACUCCUCAAUGAGGGAGACGAGGGCGGAGAUUAGGGGGCUCCGUGAGGAUUUUUACUUUUUAGGCGUUCCAGAGGAUAAUGAUGGAGUUUCUGCAAACGAGGAAGUAGUCGCCACGGGAGGAGACGGGAUCGGCGGUUGCGGCAAAGGCUGGCGGGAUCGAGCCUGCGUUGGUAGCGGCGAAAGAGGUGCCACCAAGAAAUUUUGGCGGGAAGGAGAGCAACUCAAGUUUGGUGACAUGAGACAGGCCUAG